ACAGUCCUAGAUCUGCUGAACAAACCCCAGAUCCGACGCAAGUUCGAUCGAAAUCCGUGAUUGGCGAAGACGAAAGUUCCGACGAAGAAAUGCCUUUGGCGAAACGCGCAAAUUCCAAGACGAAUGGAAAGCAUAUUAAGAGCGAAGAUAGCAGUGACGACGAUAAUGUUCCUUUGGCAAAGAAAGUUAAACUGGAGAAAAAACCAACGAAAAAGCGUCCUGCUCCCAAGGUUGAAAAUUCCUCUGAUGACGAAAAGCCGCUUGCAAAAGUGAGAAAGGACAUUAAGAAAGUUCCCAAGGUCAAGGCCGAAGACGAGAAAAAGGUCGUCAAGAAGCAAACCGAAAAAGUGGAGGAAGAUGAGGCAGAGGCUCAGUACAAGUGGUGGGAACAAGGAAACGACGACGAUGGCUCAACGAAAUGGAAUGAAUUAGAGCACAAUGGCGUGCUAUUCCCACCUGCAUAUGAGCCACAUGGCAUCAAGAUGAAAUAUGAUGGAAAGCCAAUUUCGUUGUCGCCUGAAGCUGAAGAAGUGGCAAGUUUCUUUGCUGCUUUGAUUGAAACAGACCACGGCAAAAAUCCAGUCUUUCAGAAAAACUUCUUUGCGGAUUGGCAGGAAAUUUUGAAGAAGGAUGACAAGAAUCCUAAAAUCACCGACUUUGAGAAAUGCGAUUUUCGGCCCAUGUUUGAGCAUUUUGAGCUAGAAAAGGAACGGAAAAAGCAGUUAACCAAGGCUGAAAAGCAGGAGGAAAAAACCAAAGUGGAAGAGCCAUACCUUUACGCCAUUGUGGAUGGUCGCAAGGAAAAAGUUGGUAACUUCCGUAUUGAACCUCCCGGUUUGUUCAGAGGUCGUGGCGAUCACCCAAAGACCGGUCGUCUGAAGCAUCGAGUCAUGCCGGAGCAAGUUACUCUCAAUCUCGGCGAGAACGCACCUAUUCCAAAGCCGCUACCCGGACACAAAUGGGGUGGUGUUGUGCAUAUUCAUGAGGCAACAUGGUUAGCUUCAUGGAAGGAGAACAUCAAUGGCACCAUCAAAUAUGUCUUUUUGGCCGCCACCUCAUCUUGGAAAGGGCAAAGUGAUAUGCAAAAGUUUGAAAAAGCAAGAGAGUUGAAAAAACAUGUCAACAGGAUUCGUAAGGAUUAUCGUCAACAGCUCAACGACAAGCUUAUGGAAACCCGACAGCGGGCAACUGCCAUGUAUUUGAUUGAUGUUCUUGCUCUCAGAGCUGGUAAUGAGAAAGGCGAUGAUGAAGCUGAUACCGUCGGCUGUUGUUCCCUUCGGUACGAGCACGUCACGCUCGAACCACCCAAUACUUUGGUCUUUGACUUUUUGGGUAAAGACUCCAUUCGCUAUCACAACUCAGUGACUGUGGAUCCCCAAGUUUUCAAGAACAUUAAAAUCUUCAAGAAACAAGUGGGUCCUGACAAUAUGAUCUUUGAUCGCUUAACGACCAUGAGUUUGAACAAGCAUUUGGGCAGUUAUAUGAAGGGCCUUACCGCUAAGGUAUUCCGUACCUACAACGCUUCUCAUACCUUCCAAGAGCAACUAGACAAAUUGACUCGUGAGAGCGAUUCGGUCCACGAUAAACUGUUGUCGUACAAUCGGGCCAAUCGUGAGGUUGCCAUUCUCUGUAACCAUCAGCGGUCCGUCUCUAAGAACCAUGGUCAAAUGAUUGCAAAGAUUGAGGACAAGAUUCGCGCAAUGAAGUAUCAGCGAAAGAGACUUAGAAGACAGAUCAUUCAGCUUGACCCAAAGAUGAAGAAAAGCAAGAUGGAGGAGAUGCAAGCUGAGUCAGACUUGGAGGACGAAUGGAUCGAGGAACACCAAAAAGAUCUUUUGGUCAAGGAACGAGAGAAGAUAACCACUAAGUUUGAAAAGAACAACGAAAAACUUGUCAGCGAAGGACAGGCAGCAUUACCAGAAAAGGAACUCAAAGAGAAACUCAAGGCUGUAGAUGAGAUGGAGAAGGAAAUGAAGAAAGAGAAGCAAACUGGCAAAAUUGAAUUGAAGCCAAAUGCGUCGAUCGAUAAGUUAUUAGCCCAAAUCACUAAAUUAGAUGAGCGCAUCAAAGCUACUAAGAAUCAAGCCCUAGACAAGGAAGAAGGCAAAGAAACCGCUUUGAGUACUUCUAAACUCAACUACAUUGACCCAAGAAUAUCUGCCCUAUGGUGCAAAAAGCAUAAUGUGCCUGUUGAGAAAGUCUUCAGCAAGACAUUGCGCGACAAGUUCCAAUGGGCUAUGGAAGUAGAUGACGAUUGGAAAUUCUAAACCUAAACCAUAUUACAAUCACUUGGCUUACCCAAGAUUACAUACACACCACUUCUUUUUUUUUUGGCAAAAAGAAAAGUAAAAAAGUAUGGCCCAUCGUGGCCUUUACAGACAAUCAACCCAAAUACUGUUUGCAUACUUUUUGUC